AUGCAGGGUACUUUGCAGAAGUUUGUAGAUGACCUGUUUGAGACCAUCUUCAGCACGGCCCACCGAGGCAGCGCACUUCCUCUCGCCAUCAAAUACAUGUUUGACUUUUUAGACGAACAGGCCGACAGACACAUGAUAUCAGACCCAGAUGUAAGACACACCUGGAAGAGCAACUGUUUACUGUUGAGGUUUUGGGUGAACGUGAUCAAGAAUCCUCAGUUUGUGUUUGACAUCCAUAAGAACAGUAUUACAGAUGCAUGUUUGUCUGUGGUCGCUCAGACGUUCAUGGACUCGUGCUCCACAUCAGAACACAAACUGGGCAAAGACUCGCCCUCCAACAAGCUGCUGUAUGCUAAAGACAUCCCCAACUACAAGAACUGGGUUGGCAGGUAUUACUCUGAUAUAUCACGGAUGCCGGCGAUUAGCGAUCAGGAUAUGAGCGCGUAUCUCGCUGAACAGCCGCGCAUGCAUUUAAAUCAGUUCAACAGUAUGAGCGCGCUGCAUGAGAUCUUCUCCUACAUCACCAAAUAUAAGGACGAGAUCAGAUUUGAGUCGCUCAUGCGUGGUGUUCGUGACAUGACUGUGGCGUUUCACACGGUGGUCAGAUUCAGCCGUGUACACUGA